UGGGCCUCACCCUGGGGAGGGCGAGGAGGAACUUCCUGCCCGCGCGCUCGCUCCGGGGCACAGCGCGCGCCGACCAGGAGGCGGGAGGCGAGUCAAGGUCAGCCUGGACCAGGUGGCCGCCUGCCGAGGGGCGGGAGGCCCUCCCGGGGGGCUGGGCGGCCUCCCCCGAGCGCUCGGCCAUAUUGAAUAGCCGCGGCGGAGCCGUCUUUGUCUGCGAAGUCCUCGCCCAAGUUCCAGGCGCGCCCCCGUGCCCGGGCCGGGAGGAGCCACGGCCGCCCGCGCGCUCCAACUUGCAGCCGGGACACCACGUUUUCCGCUCGCGGUGGGCGGUGAGCCUCAGGACGGGCCUCGACCCGGCUCCCGUGAGCGUCCUGAACACGGAUUCCCCCCGCGGGCUGCGGGGAGCCGGCCUGGGUCCAGCAGGACUAGUUGCCGGCGGAGGAAUUGGGAGGCGCUGGCUCACCCCCACCCGGGAGAGGGGAGACUCUCCGCGCAGCAUUGCCGGGACCCCCUCCCCGCCCCCACUUCGUGCAGUUUAGGCUCGUUGCCCCCACCCAGAUUUCACGCUGGAGAUCCUGAAGACCCUCGAGAAAAGCCACGUGGGGGGCUGGUUCCCCUGGGGCUUCCUCCCGUCCCCCGACGGCCUGAUUCUCUGGAGCGUGCCCGACGUCUGCAAAGAUGUGGACCUGGACGUGCUCGUGGACGCCCUGAAGCCCGUGGGGACCUUUAAGAAGAUCGGCAAGGUGUUCCGCCGGGAGGAGGACUCCACGGUGGGGAUGCUGCAGAUCGGCGAGGACGUGGACCACCUGCUCAUCCCGCGCGAGGUCCGGCUGGCGGGGGGCGUCUGGAGGGUCAUCUCCAAGCCCGCCACCAAGGAGGCGGAAUUCCGGGAGCGGCUGACCCGGUUUCUGGAGGAAGAGGGCCGCACCCUGGAGGACGUGGCCCGCAUCAUUGAGAAGAGCACCCCGCACCCUCCCCAGCCCCCCCAAAAGCCCAAGGGGCCCCGAGUGAGGAGGAGAGUCCCGCAGAUGGCGACCCCGCCUCCCCGGCUGGUCGUGGGCACCUACGACAGCAGCAACGCCAGCGACAGCGAGUUCAGCGACUUCGAGGCCUCGCGAAAGCAGGGCGACCAAGGCCGCAGGGGCCCCAUGCGCAGCGGGAAGGCGCGCAAGAUGCCGGUCAGUUACCUGGGCAGCAAGUUCCUGGGGAGCGACCUGGAGAGCGAGGAUGACGAGGAGCUGGUGGAGGCCUUCCUCCGGCGCGGGGAGAAGCAGCCGGGCGCCCAGCCCGCCCGCCGCCGCGGGAACCUGCCGGUGCCCAUGUUUGAGGACGGCCCGGGGCUGCAGCCGCCCAAGGGGGACAGGUGGCGGGAGUACGUCAGCCAGGUGUCCUGGGGGAAGCUGAAGCGCAGGGUGAAGGGCUGGGCGCCCAGGUCCGGCCCCGGAGUGGGUGAGGCCCAGCAGGCCUCUGUCAGGGUGGAGAGGGAUGAGGUGCCAUGUAGCGCCCCUCAGGGGGAUCACGUGGUGAGCGCAGGAGGUGGGCUGGUGCCCGAGGCUCCCCCAAGGCGAUGGAGGCCCAAGAUUAAGUGGGCCUCGUUUAGGCUGCUCAGGAGGGAGGAAGCAGCAUCCACAGCUCAGGGGGCAGAGGCUGCAGCUGAUCAGAGGGCGGAGACUGUGGGUAAUCAGAGGGUGGAGGCUGCAGCUGAUCAGAGGGUGGAGGCUGUGGGUAAUCAGAGGGUGGAGGCUGCAGCUGGUCAGAGGGUGGAGGCUGUGGGUAAUCAGAGGGUGGAGGCUGCAGCUGAUCGGAGGGCGGAGGCUGCAGCCGAUCAGAGAGUGGAGGCUGCAGCUGCUCAGAGGGUGGAGGCUGCAGCUGAUCAGAGGGUGGAGGCUGCAACUGAUCAGGGAGCAGAGGCUGCAGCCGCUCAGAGGGUGGAGGCUGCAGCUGCUCAGAGGGUGGAGGCUGCAGCUGCUCAGAGGGUGGAGGCUGCAGCUGCUCAGAGGGUGGAGGCUGCAACUGAUCAGGGAGCAGAGGCUGCAGCUGCUCAGAGGGUGGAGGCUGCAGCUGCUCAGAGGGUGGAGGCUGCAGCUGCUCAGAGGGUGGAGGCUGCAGCUGCUCAGAGGGUGGAGGCUGCAGCUGAUCAGGGAGCAGAGGCUGCAGCUGCUCAGAGGGUGGAGGCUGUGGGUAAUCAGAGGGUGGAGGCUGCAGCUGAUCAGAGGGUGGAGGCUGUGGGUAAUCAAAGGGUGGAGGCUGCAGCUGAUCGGAGGGCGGAGGCUGCAGCCGAUCAGAGAGUGGAGGCUGCAGCUGAUCAGAGGGUGGAGGCUGUGGGUAAUCAGAGGGUGGAGGCUGCAGCUGAUCAGGGGGUGGAGGCUGUGGGUAAUCAGAGGGUGGAGGCUGCAGCUGAUCAGGGGGUGGAGGCUGUGGGUAAUCAGAGGGUGGAGGCUGCAGCUGAUCAGAGGGCAGAGGCUGUGGGUAAUCAGAGGGUGGAGGCUGCAGCUGAUCAGGGGGCAGAGGCUGUGGGUAAUCAGAGGGCCGGAGCCCCAGUUGUCCAGGGAGCAGAGGCUGCAGCUGAUCAGAGGGCAGAGGCUGUGGGUGAUCAGAGGGCCGGAGCCCCAGUUGUCCAGGGAGCAGAGGCUGCGGCUGAUCAGAGGGCAGAGGCUGCAGCUGAUCAGGGGGCAGAGGCUGUGGGUGAUCAGAGGACCGGGGCCCCAGUUGUCCAGGGAGCAGAGGCUGCAUCUGAUGGGGCCGAGGCCAGAGCUGGUCAGAGAGCAGAGGCUUCUGCUGAAGCUGCCGCCUUAGCUGCCCCGGGAGCCACAGGAGCGACCCCAGGAGCUAGGGCCCGGAAGCAGGUCAAGACAGUGAGAUUCCAGACCCCUGGGCGCUUUUCGUGGUUUCGCAAGCGCCGGAGAGCCUUCUGGCACACUCCCCGGUUGCCAACCCUGCCCAAGAGAGUCCCCAGGGCAGGCGAGGCCGGAGGCCUCAGGGUGCUGAGGGCCGAGGCCAGAGCAGAAGCGGAGCCGGAAGAGCAAGAGGACCUGCUGUGAGGCGGGCAUAGAAGCCAGAGAGCCCCUGCCACCUGCCACCUACCGGCCACUCAGGGCGCCCCCCUCCCCCGCACUUGGACAGAGAUGCUAUUUCUGCCUCCACGCGUGAAAAAGGAGGUGGGGCUGGAGGUGGACCGAGGGCCGGCAGCACCUACCACCCCUUUUCUUUUCUUGUUAAAAUUUUAACUUUCAUGCAUUGAUUUUUUUUAGAAAAAAAUACAGACUCUCUAGUAACCCAGGGAACGUAAGGAAAGAAACCGGUGCAAUGGGGUUGCAUUAACUUCCUCACAUGCAACCCUGGGUGCUCAGCGUGACGGGAGCCAGGCGGAGAGAAAUUCCCUCCUCUUUGCUUUCCGUGCUCCCUCCCGCUGCACAUCUCAUGGUGCUGGCCUCCUGGAACC